CUCAAUACUAAAAUGAUUUCCCGAUUACGAACAAUUAUUAUUGCAAAUGUGUUAAUUACACUUUUCAUAGGAGUCUCUGGACGUUCGCCGAGUCGCAUAGUCCAAGGAUCCUAUGCAGAAAUCGGAGAAUUCCCUUACAUGGUGUCCUUGAGGUGGAGUGACUACGGACACAUGUGCGGGGGCUCGAUCAUUGGUCGACGACACAUCCUGACAGCUGGACACUGCGUCGACGAGUUCACCCCCGAGGAAUUGAACGUCGCCAGCGGUUUUAUCAACCAAAAUGACAGAUCAGCGGUUGUAUCCAAAGUCGAGAAGAUCAUCAUGCAUCCGGAUUUCGUGAGGAAAGGGGAGGGACGACGACUCCAGAAUGACGUCGCUGUUCUCAUUCUGAAAGAAGAUUUAGAGCUCGACGGAUUUUUACGAGACGUUGUAAAACUGCCGGUUAAACCGUACGUUCCGGAAACUAGAGGAAUCGUGACCGGCUGGGGCUACACCAAGUCCCUCCUGGAUCAGGAUGCCGACACAGACACUUCGGAUGACCUCUUCAAGCUGAACCUGACGAUUAUAACUCAUGAUGAAUGCAGAAAAUUUCGACUUCCACCGUUCGAGUAUCAGAUUUGUGCCACCAAUUCCCAUGGAGUCGUGUGCAAGGGUGACAGCGGAGGACCGUUAGUCGUUGAAAACGUUCAGGUCGGGGUUCUUUCCACUUCGAGUUGUUUAAUCGGAUCGACCCCCGCUUUUAUGGAUGUUUAUUAUUUCAAAGAUUUCAUUGAAAAAUCGAUGAUAUAA